ACGUGCAGGAGGAGGGGCCGUCUUCUGGUUGGCCCCCGGAGGAGCUCCGUUCCUCCAAUCAGCGCAGGCCCCGCGGUGGAGAGGGGGCGCGCCCUGCAGGGGAGGGCGGGGCCAGAGACCUGUCCAUCACCGAAUCCGCGGGUGGCAGCACCUACCCCACCAAGGCACCUAGGCGAGACAGGGCGGGAGCGGGAAGGCCGCGGCGAGGGGGGAGGCGGGGCCAGGCCGGUGGGAGCCAAUCCGCCCGGCAGCGCCAGGGGGCAGGGGCGGGGUCACCGUGCGCGACCCAAACACAUGGGUUCGGGCGCACCCUGGGGCCGCGCUGCUCCUCCGCCUUCCGGUGCGAGGGCCGCAGUACCUCCUUCCCUUCUGAGCACCCCUACCUCGUGGUCCAGACCCUACCCACCCCCCCGCCCCUCCUUCUCUGGGGGAGCGCGGUGACGGUUGCCGGGAAGCGCGCGCUGCCCCUCCCUCUCCUCCUGCGUCCUCUCCUCCCGCGCCACCCGUUUUUCCUCCUUCUCAGUUAAUAACAGCUGGGUGGCUGGGGGAGGAGGGAAGGUGGCCCCAGCGGAGUCUGGGCGGGCACCUCCCACUCUCCCGCGAGCCGCCGUGGGAGCAGGAGGAUGGCGGCGGUAGCGGCGGCCGCCCGGGAGGAGGCGGUGCCGAGGGCCCGGGCGCAGAGCGCAGCGGCGGCGGCAGAGAGCGGCAGCGGCCCGUCGCGGCGCACCAGAACCGAAAGCAGCGGCAGCCGCGCAGCCACCUGAGCCGCCCCUCCCGCCGGAGCCAGCGAUCCGCGCCCGCGGGAGCCGGGACCUCCUUCCUCUCCAUCUCUCCUCGUCUCCUGCGUCCCCAGACAGGCCGUCGAUCUCGCUCGUCAUCCCUUAGAAAAGCGCGGCGGGCGCCGACCGCCCCCUGGGGCGCCGGGCGGCGGCCCUGGACGUGCGGGCUUGUUUCUGCGCCGGCCUCCGCGCCUCGGCCCUGCCCUCUCGCUCCUGCGCUCGCUCCCGCCCUCCCGGCGCUCCGGGCACUGUGCGCGGGCCCGGCCCGGGGCAGGGCGGACAUGGGCGCCAAGCAGAGCGGGCCGGCCGCUGCUAACGGCCGCACCCGCGCGUACUCGGGCUCGGAUUUACCUUCCAGCAGCAGCAGCGGAGGGGCCAACGGGACCGCGGGCGGCGGGGCGCGAGCCGCAGCCGCUGGGAGGUUUCCGGCUCAGGUGCCCAGCGCGCACCAGCCCAGCGCCUCCGGCGGCGCCGCGGCGGCCUCGGCGGCCCCGCGCAGCCGCUCCCUCGGCGGGGCCGUGGGGACCGUGGCGUCGGGGGCCCGGGCGGCGCAGUCAACCUUCAGCAUCCCCAACAGCAGCAGCGGCCCGUACGGCUCGCAGGACUCGGUUCAUAGCAGCCCGGAGGACGGCGGCAGCAGCGGCGGCAGGGACCGGCCGGCGAGCGGGGGUCCUGGAGGGCCGCGCCUGGUGAUCGGCUCCUUACCAGCUCACCUCUCGCCGCACAUGUUUGGAGGAUUUAAGUGCCCUGUAUGCUCAAAAUUUGUACCCUCAGAUGAAAUGGAUUUACAUCUUGUGAUGUGUUUAACAAAGCCAAGAAUAACCUAUAAUGAGGACGUACUGAGUAAAGAUGCUGGGGAAUGUGCAAUAUGCCUUGAAGAACUGCAGCAGGGAGAUACUAUAGCACGACUGCCUUGUCUGUGCAUAUAUCAUAAAGGCUGCAUAGAUGAAUGGUUUGAAGUAAAUAGAUCUUGCCCUGAGCACCCUUCAGACUAAGCAUCAGCUUCCUGUCUUAUAGGUUUCCUUGACUUCAAGAUGCUUGAAAAACCAAGAGGAUACGAAGAUCUGUCUCUGGAAAAACAAAAACAAAAUGCAGGCACACUCAGCCAGAUAUCUAAGUUCUGUGAGACUCAAUAAUGCAGAGAUGGACAAUCAUAUAGGAAAAAAAUCCUGCUGGAGAGAGGACAAUUGCCACAGAACUCAGUGUACCAGACAUGCAUUUAAAGGACACACAGGGAUUUUGAAAAUGCUGCACAUCCCUUAGUAGUCAUCUACAUAGGUAAUACUGGUGAACAUUUUGUAUGCAGACGCCAAAGUUAACUGAUUUACAAGUUGAUUUUCUUUUUAUUAAGUUCUCUAGGGCUGCACAACUACUUGUGUUUGAUUUGUUUUGGUUUUUAGUUUGGGGACCCUUUAUUUUCCCAACAUGAUGUUCCUGCAUUCAUCAGUUCUUAAAUUGAAGACCACGUAAUUUACUUCUUAAAAAUUGAAGUCUUAAAUGUGAAACCAAGAAAUGUAAUCAAGCAGUAAAACAUUCUCUGAAUGUAGACCAUGAUCUCAAGUUCUUCAGUUUUUUUUCUCCCCCCAAGAGUAGAAAAUAGGUUUCUACAUAGGAAAGCUACAGUAUGUUACUAUUUUAAAUUAAAGGUUUAACAUUAUCAGGAUGCAGUCCAAAGAAUAAAAAAUCAAGUUACAUAUUAUAUUCUAAUUAAUUAAAUCUAGGAUUAUCUACUGAAUUGCAAUUUAAUAAAUAUGUUAUUUCCUUUUUAAAUAAAACUGCUCAACAGGUAAUCAGCAAUGAAUCAUCUUGCAGCUAUGCAACUUAAAAAAAAAUAAUUACCAAUUUUAAGUGCUGCCAGCUAUAAUAACUUUGUUUUAACGGGUAUUUUUAUUUGUUCUUUUCAUGUAAUGUGCUUUGCAUCUCCAGGCAGUUUUCCUACAUUUAGGUAAAAUGUUUAGCAGGUUGUAAUACUUUAAUAACUUAUGAAAAGGGUAAAAUAAAAUUUUCUUGAGUGGAACUUGGAAUAAUUUGAGGGACAUUUUUAUAUACUUUUAAAAAUCAAUUUAAUUGGGAUGCCAGAUUUAUAGCAAUUUGCAUCUUUAAUUUUCCAGAUAAUCUGGAGUUUAGCAUUUGAUAAAUGAUUUUUUAAAGCAGACAUGAAGACUUUGUUAAUUUAUAAUUUAUUAAUGUGUUAUUACUAUAAUUAAAAUGUUAGUUUUAAAUUCAGUCUUGUAUAGAAAGAAAUGUAUUAAGCAAAAUUAUGUGAAUAAAUAUUCCCACAAAAUACAUCUGAAUGGUUAAAAAGUACUGGAAGAGAGCUAUCAGGGCUGCAACAAUGAAUGUCUUUAUUUUUUUUAGUAUCAAAAAUACCAAUUCAUAAAUUUCAUGUUUUCAACAUAGGGAAAAUGUUAUCAGAGGACGAUUUAAGCAGUGCACUUUACUCGGAAUAAUUAAGAGGUACACAGUACUGUUUCCUUCUUUUAAGCUUUCUUUAAUGUAUUUAAGUAUUUGCUUUUCUCUUACUGCUGCUCUUAUCCUUCUCGAUUUUCUUCCCUCGUUCUGUUGCUUCUGUUUCAUAUAUUUUUUUAAGGGCACGUACAGGAGCAACUGCUGCUACCCAGAAAAAUUUGUGUGUUAUAAACAAUUUUUAAAAAGAGUUCUUAAUUGUUAUUUGUGUGAUUCUAGAGCAGAUAACAUUUUCCCUAAAGUUAUGCUGUGAAAUGCCUUCUGUUACGGUGCAGUUGAUUAAGGAAUCCUAAACCUCCAUUGUGACAAGCUGACAGCACAGUUUCAUAGGUGCUUUUUUAACCAGUUGUGUAAAAUAUUCUUUCCUCAAGGAAAAUAUUCUCUUCUUAAAUUUUUUGUUAUCAUGAAACCUUAAUAUGAACGCAUUUUAGUUCACAUUUUCAGUUUUGUAAGUUCUCCCUCUUGCUCUCAUGCGCGUGCUCUCUUUAUCUGUCACUCACUCACUCACACACACCCACACACACACAGAGCAAGAAAAACCUCUUAGAAUGUGAAUAAUUUUUUUUUCUACUGGUAUGUUGUUAUGGUAAGAAUUACUUUGUAUUCCAUUCUUAAAGGAAAAGAUUUACUAUAGCUGUGGUAGUUAGCUGUUGAUGUUUUCUUGGAAGUUGAUUUUCUGAUAUAAUUUACUCACUGACUUUUAAAGUUUAUUGGUCUAAAUUCCCUUUUCCUUCUUUAUCCAGUACCAUACUCUCACAGUCUUACUCACUUAGCCUUUGUUUGUCAUAAGGUUCUGUGCUGCAGCUCCUACAAUAGAAGCUCCUGUGGUUGAAAAGAAAGUUCAUUGUUUGCCAGUGUCGAGUGCUACUUGAUAAUUUGUUUAGAACAGUAUUUACUUAUUAAUAAAUUUGUUCAUAAUGACCCCUUUUUGUUAAAAUUUACAAAAGGUAGCAUUUUUUUUUAACUUUAAAUUCAGUCUCCAUCAGUGACUUCUUAAGAAGAAGAAUUUAGAAAUUGAAAAAAUUUCAAAGCCCAAAUGCUCCAGUUUUUAUUUAAAGUCAAAAUUGUUAAUCUGGAAAAUAUCAUAAGUAACAUUGUGCAUAAUGUCACUUACAAUAUUUAUAAAUUUAUAUAAAGAUACCAAAUAAAAUCACAUUAGAUGUUUAAAUGUGUAGCUGAAACUGCUGACAGCUGAAUAUUAUGGAGACAAAAUAAAGAUUGAAACCCUAGUUAUCAAGUUGGUUCUAGUUUUCUAGAAACUUUGUAAAUACUUGUUUUUAAGUAAGAUCACAGUUAGGUAUAUAGAAAGCAGUAUAUUCUGAAAUUUCACUUUAGUGCCACUCUUCUCUUUUUAAUGGGUUUAUUGCCAAUUUUGACUCAUGCUGAUCUGAUUUUUUUUCCCCCAGAAUGUAUAAAAGAGUGUAAGGAUGUAUAUGAGUACAAUUAUUCUGUCUUCUUUUGGCUCUUUCCCAGAGAAAUAAACUAAGAAUAAUCUUAA